AUGCCGCUAAACAUCCUCCUCUAUGGCGUCGGCAGUGUCGGUGCCAUUUACCUGCACCAACUGCAACGCGCUGGCUGUACCGUAACCGCCAUCUGCCGCUCCAACCACGACGCUGUGCGCACAUCCGGCUUCACCCUGACCAGCGCACUCUUCGGCACAGUCACCUACCGACCAGAUCACGUCUACCGGAGCGUCAACGACCUUCCCCGCGACAAAACCUACGACUACAUCAUCGUCACAGCGAAAUGCUUCCCUGACAGCACACCCUCCCUCGCGGAGCAGCUCCGCCCCGCGCUGACAAACCCGUCUCGCUCCACCACGGCCAUUGUGCUGGCGCAAAACGGCAUUGAUAUCGAAGCACCCAUUGCUGCUGCCUACCCCGACAAUCCGCUCAUUAGCGGGGCUAUCUACCUCCCGGCUACACAGACCGAGCCGGGGGUCAUUCAACACCCGGAACCGUUGAAUAGGAUUGAACUGGGCACGUAUCCCGCCACCGCACCGCAGGGUCACAUCGAUGCUGCCACGAAGCUUGCGGAGACCAUGCGGGCCGGAGGAGGCGAGGCCAGUGUGUUCGAGGAUAUUCAGCAAGCAAGGUGGAAGAAGCUCAUGCUAAAUGCGGCGUGUAAUCCAACUGGUGCCCUAUCCAUGUGCACGGAUGGUGGGUUUUUAGUCACUUCGCCGUUUGCGAAAGACCUAGUGUGGGGUGUUAUGAUGGAAGUGGUGGCGUUGGCGAGAAAGGUUGGUGUGACAGGGGUGAAUGAAGAAGAGGCGGAGAAGUUGUUUGCUAUCUCGAAGAAACGGGCAGAACUAGGAACGGGGAGAGCAUUGAGUAUGUUGCAGGAUGUGAGAAUGGGAAGACCGUUUGAGGUAGAGGCGAUUGUGGGUAAUGCAGUGCGGUUGGGGCGAAGAAUGGGGGUGGAAAUGCCGAAGUUGGAGACUGUAUACGCGUUGGCUAAAGGGAGAUAUGAUGUUAUGGUCGAGACUGGGAAAUAG